CAAUCCAUUAAGAACUAAACGUCAAAUGUUAUGCAGCAUAUCACUUGUAACUGGAUUAAAUCAUAUCAACUGAUGUAAUUACAGCAUCAAAUUGCUAAUAGCCAGCGGCACUUGAGACAUUGUGUGGAAAGCCUGUGGUUUUAGAAGACGCCCGUCCACAAUAAUUUUCUAGAUUUUAUCAUAUAUCACAUAUUGAUUUAUUAGAGCUUUUAUUGAAUUUCGAACACGUGUCAUUCAAGCUCAGUAAAAAUAUAUAUACAAAUCGUGCUGACUAUAAACUUAUAUAUAAAAUAAUAUAUAAAUAUUUAAGUUUGCAAUAUAAACAUGCAAAAAGUCAAAGGUGUAAAGUCUAAGCAGUGCAUUCAGACAAUAUAGUUUUGUAGCCCAUAAAUGCAAUACAGAGAGCUCUAUUUGAUACAUUGUUGUUUUUAAAUUACGUGCUUCAAAAUAUAUGCACCCACGUUGGCUACUACUCUGUCUAGCGGCAUUGCUGAUGCCCAUCACGUCGACGGCCUUCAAUAUUCUCUUUAUGGGUCCUUUCCCAGCGCCUAGUCAUUGGUUGUGGUUGGAACACUUUCUGCGCGAUCUGCUGCAUCGUGGUCACCAUGUAACGGCUCUCACAAAUCAUCGCGCAAAAUAUAGGCACGAGAAUCUGACAGAGAUCAUCAUCGAUCCGCAAUUCGAUAUACCACAUUAUUUUCCCAAAGAGAAUAUAUUCAAAAUGCGUUACGCCAGCGAUUUUCAAAACAUACAAAUGUGGUUCCACGUUGGCUUGCUCACCAGCGAAUAUGCGCUCAACGAUCCUAAAGUUAAAGCACUGAUCGCCAGUAAAGAUCAGCAAUUCGAUCUAAUCGUUUUGGAGCAAUUCUUCCAUGAAAGUUUUUUGAUGUUUGCGCACAAAUUUAAAUGUCCCGUUGUGACGCUAGGCACUAUGGGUUAUGCGGACAAUAUGGAUCAUACGAUGGGCUUACUUACGCCUUGGGCUUUUAUACCGCAUCUACUGCUCUCGCAUACAGAUCAAAUGACCUUCACGCAACGUGCCUACAAUACUUAUCUAUCAUUAUACGAUGCUGUGAUGCGUCGCUGGUAUUAUAUGCCUAAAAUGCAGGAAAUGGCUGAGCGGCAUUUUACCGGACUGGUAGAGGGUCCCUUGCCGCAUGUACGGCAAUUGGAGAAAAAUAUUUCGUUAAUGUUGAUCAAUAGUCACCGUAGUCUGGAUGUGCCGCGUCCCAGUAUGCCCGGGCUUGUAAAUGUCGGCGGUGUGCAUAUAAAAACACCCAAGCCACUGCCACAGGAUCUACAGAAUUACCUGGACAACGCUACCCACGGUGUGGUUUACUUCAGUCUCGGUUCUUAUAUGAAGAGUAUAGAUAUGCCGAAGGAAAAGAUCAGCCUGAUACUUAACGCCUUCGGUCAGCUGAAACAGAAUGUUUUGUGGAAAUUCGAAAACUCCUCUAUUGGUCAUCUGCCGCCGAAUGUGAAAAUCCAGAGCUGGUUGCCACAAAAUGAUAUACUCGCUCACCCGAAUAUCAAGGUCUUCAUCACACAUGGUGGCAUCUUUGGCACGCAAGAGGGCAUUCACUGGGGUGUGCCGAUGUUAAGCAUACCUCUCUAUGGCGAUCAACAUCGGAACACUAUCAAAUCGGUGCGUGGUGGAUAUGCGCGCACAUUGAACUUCGGUCAAAUGACGAGCGAGGAUCUGGUACAGAAUAUACGAUUGCUAAUCAGUGAUGCCAGUUACAAACAGAAGGCACUGGAAGCAUCACGCAAAUUUAGAGAUAAUCCAAUGCAUCCUUUGGAUGAAGCUUCAUUCUGGAUCGAAUAUAUUGCGAGGCACAAAGGUGCUACACAUUUAAAAUCUUAUGGCGCCUAUAUGCCACUGUAUCAGUACUUGUUAUUAGAUGUGUUUGGUUGUGCGCUUUUGAUUGCAUUUAUAGUGAUUUGGUUACCGUUAAAAAUUCUCAAAUUUUUGGGAAGCCUAUUGCGGCGAAAAGAGCCUGAGGCGUUACGCAAAAAACAUCAGUAGAGCUGUGAUGAAAUUUUUUCUAUGAAAAAUUAAUUUAAUUUUAGAAAAUUUAGUGUUACAUGUAAAAUUAUGAACUAAUUAUAAGUUGGCGAAAUUUCGUUAAAUAAUAAAAUAAUGUUAUCGAUAUUAA